AAAGAGAGAGAACAAGCGAGAGAAGCUUGCCCGUGCGCAGACUACGCGCACAUAAUAACGCGCAGCCAAUGUAAAUGCCGCCGCCGCCAGGCAAGCAGUAGUGUCCCGACGAGGCAGCAACGCGGACAUUGGCAUUGUCGCUAGUGUGCGUCUCUCUCUCUCUCAUUCGACAACACAACGGGUGUUUUUCUCUCGGAACAAAAGUGAGGUUACCGCGUACAGACAUACGUAAAUCGACCCCCUAAAAUCCAGUGCUGCAUCUCGCGAUCGCGAUGGCUGUAAUUCUAGGCGUCCCUCGAUCCUAGUAACGCAAUAAUCAUCACAUACACAAGUGCGCGUGUGUGCGCGUAAAUAAGCGAAAAGGCCGAGAUGGUCCUGGCUGCAGUAUCGUGAGAGAUUUUUCUACGUGUCUAUAAUCUCGACUGCGUAUCGACUUCGAGAGGAGUUAGAUAAUAUACAGAGAGCUACGUGGAUCGCCUGGCAGGAGGCUGCGGGCCGCCAAACUGACACACAAGCGUAAUAUGUCGCGUGGCCCCGUCGUCGCGGAUCCCGCUGAUGCUACAGCCGAACAUGGAAGAUGAGGCGGACAUCAGAGAGCAGCUAUUCCACAACACCGUGCGCGAGUACAUCAUCUUCCUGCUGCUCUUCCUCAUCCUGUACAUAUCGAGCUACGCGCUGAUAUCGCGCUUCCGUUGGCGGGGCGGCGAGGAUUACUUGGACACGGACGAGGAUGAGGCUACGGUCUACCGGAUCAGCCUCUGGCUGUGCGCCUCGGCGUUGGCCGUCUCUAUCGGCGCGGCCCUCCUCCUUCCGGUCUCCAUCGCCAGCAACGAGGUGCUCAUACUCUACCCCAACAGCUACUACGUCAAGUGGCUCAACAGCUCUCUCAUACAAGGUCUAUGGAACCUCAUAUUCCUCUUCUCGAACAUGUCGCUCUUCGUGUUCCUGCCGUUCGCCUAUCUCUUCACCGAGUCUGAAGGCUUCGUCGGCUACAGGAAGGGCGUCAUGGCGAGGGUCUACGAGACCGUGACAGUAUUGUGCCUGCUGGGAGCGAUGGUUCUAGGCAUGACGUACAUACUAUCAGCUGUUCUGGACCGUCAGAAAUCCAGCCUUCACACGCUACUCAAUUUAUGGAGUUACUACCUGCCGUUUCUAUACUCCUGUGUGUCCUUCGUGGGUGUAGUCAUGCUACUGCUCUGCACGCCAGUGGGAUUCGUGAGACUGUUCGGUGUGGUCGGAUCCUUCCUCGUCAAGCCUCAGUUUCUGAAGAAUUUGGACGAGGAGUUCUUCGCCUACAGACUGGAGGAAGACUGCAUCAAACGAAGACUAGAGAACGCGAAAGCGACGGGCAAGUCGUACGUGUCCCCAGUUCCAAUGUCACCGGCUGCGAGCAGCUACCAAGCGGCGUCGGAGGAGCCGCUCUGUCCAAGCCCGAGCUUAAUGUGUCUGCGCAACGGAGCACUUCAGCGCGGUCUGGCCCAACGACUCGAGGAUAUACAGAUGCGCAGGCAUACGCUCGACGAGCAGCGGCGAACCUGGUGGGUCAGGCGUACACUUCUCUAUCCCAGCUCCAUGCUCGCGCUGCUGCUCUUCUCGGUAGUCACCGCGUUUUUGGCGGUGCAGAAUACACUGCAGCUGCUCGUGGGUAUCAAGGCAUUGCCUCUCAGUACUAGGCAAUUCACGUUGGGUAUCAGUUCACUGUCGAAACUGGGGCCGAUCGGCGCAACGAUCGAGGUAGCGGUGAUCCUCUAUCUGGCAGUGACCAGCGCCGUUGGCUUGUAUACGUUGCCAGGUGUCAGGCUGGUUCGGCCCAGGCUUCAUUCCACGCCGCUUACCCACCUCAUCGCUAACUGCGCCCUGCUGCUCAUUCUUAGCUCGGCCUUGCCGCUUCUCUCCCGAAUACUCGGCAUGACGAACUUUGACUUGCUGGGUGAUUUCGGACAGAUCGAAUGGCUGGGCAGCUUCAGGCUGGUGCUGCUGUACAACGUGAUCUUUGCCGCGGCGGCGAUCGGCUGCCUCGCCACGAAAUUCACAGCGACGGUGCGCAAAGAAAUCUACGCAAGACUGCGCAGUAGCCUCCUCGGCAUCUUCAGGAGAAAGCGGAUCGUCGUCGCCGCAGCCACACUAUCAUCCAAGGACGACUAGACUGAUUAUUGCAACCUCCACUCGGCCUCUCCCUCUCUAUACCCUCGUUCUGAAAUUCUCACAGCUUUUAUUGUUGGCUUUGUCGUGGAUAGUUGCAAGACUUACCGAUUCUCUCUGCAUACAAAUCGUAAAUAAUACUGACACUAAUGUGAUUUAUGUUGAAAAGUCAAUGCACUUACAAACUAGCAUAUUUUGUUCGGAGGUUCUACGAUUUUCAUAUGAAGUGAUGAAAAUUAUUAGGGAGAAGCGAAUCUCGGUAAUAAAGGCACGACACGAAAAAAGGUAAAAUCUUUUGCCAGUUUGCUACAGCCGGGGCAAAAACGAGGAUUAGUUUGCGCGCGGUUUCUUUUUUUUAGAAAUCAUGCGGACGUCAAAUUCAUUAAAGUUAGAUAGCAUAUUAAAAUUAUAUUGCUAAGACUCAAACUUAAUGUAUUUUAUUAUACCGCCGUAGUUUUUAAAUUAUUUCUUAUACAUAUGAAAUAAAUUUUCUUUUAUAGAAACAAAUUUUGAUGAUUUUGCUAGCAAAAUAUUUUUUAAAGCACGUUUGGACAUCUUUCAUGUUUUAAAAUGUUUGAGUGAGUUUAUUUCGAAAUGCGUCAGGUUUCUUUAUCAUACACGAUCAUAAAGCGAAUGACAAAUGUAUUUGAUGUAUGUGCAUUUUUCAAGCACCUAGAAAGAUGUCCAUUUUUGUUUGAAAACAGUUUAGUAAUAAAGAAGGUAACGCUAUUUUUAAAGAUCAUUUCUAAAAUUAUUUUCAAAACAUCUAUUAAAAAAAUAUUGUAAACAAUUAUAUAGGGACUGAAUAAGUCAAUGCGUUAAAUUUGCGCUACUACCAAAUUAUAAGCAAUAUAUGUUUGAAGCGAUGCUGAACCUGAACCUGCAUGAUAUCUGAUCACGCCUUUAUUUACAGUUUGAUACACGAAACCUAAUUUUUGAUUAUGACUGCACUAAUACGUAAAAUUAAACUUGUAUUAUAUGUUUUGUAAUUAGAUUUUCAUAAAUAUUUAAUUUAAUUGCAUUCGAAAUCUAAAGAUAAAGCCAGUUAUAUAUUUGUUAAAGGUUUAUAAAAUUCAGUAAUGGAUCUCUAACCGUCAAGCUAUUUCACUAUAAAAAUGAACAAAUUUUAUGUAAAUAGCGGUUGCUAUUCAAAAUUAACAUCAGAUAAGUCACUGUUUUCCAAGUGUGGUUUUGCGCAUAUAGUUGUAUGAAUUUUCUUGUAUUGUACUUUUGUACAAUGUGUUUGUAAUUCUUGACUCAAUACUCAGUCGAAGAAUUAAACGUUUUCUUAUUAUCGGAAGGUUGAACUAUGUGUCAGCGAAGUAUAGGCAGAAGUAAACUAUUUUAUGAGAAGAAUUCUUCAGUCAAGUGGAGUAAGUUUUCGAUAUGAAUGUAUCAUAUGAAUGACAUAUUUAUUAUGUAAUCGAUAUUUUAAUAGUUAUCUAUGCAAAAUACAACAACAGCUAUGAUCAAUAAAAAAGCUCAGUAUUUGUGAUAAAACAAAAUUACACAUCAAGUGAUUGUCAAAUUUAGAGAAUUACUGUCAGUGUCUAUUUUCGUUACUGCAAUUGUAAAAUAGCUUAGCCAACUUACUGAACGUUCAUUUUUUAUCUUUUGCCAGCUCUGCAGAUAGUGCUAAUAUGUAAAAACUUUAUAGAAAUAAGCUUUCUUUGAACAAAAAGACCAUAACUUUGAAUGAAGUGAUGCAUUAUUUUUGAGGAACCCAUACAUCUCAACGCCUCGUGUAGUCUUGUGAGCGAACGUUCGACAAAACAUUCUCCUGUAAAUAAUGCCUAGAUUAUUUAUGUAGCUUGCGAAAGGCUGUAUAAAAAUACAAGAGUCAUGUAAACCAUGAUAGGAGCGUUUUUGAAAUAAGCUUUGAAAAAAUUGUAUGCAUAAUUUUUUUUUCUUUUAGCAUCUUUAACGACAGACUCGGUACAUUGAAGCGACUGUCAAUGAAGCGAAGCAAAAUGCAUUUUCAAUGCAUGACGACUGCAUACGUUAAGUAUAAGCAUCGAAAGUUACAAGGUCGCCUUCCUCCCCUCGUUUUAGAAUUAUUGUACAGAUUGAGCAUACUAACUAAUGAUCCUGAAAAAAUAUACGUUUUUAGUAGGUAAGCGACCUUGUAAUUUUCUGAGGAUAUUUAGGUCCUUAAGACCUGGUAGGUAAUAUUGAAGGAUUAAACGUUCCGCGAAUAUAAUAUACGAAAUAAGUCUGUUUGAAUAUUUUGCAACAAUGUUAUGUGAUAUGUUAUCUCGUCAAGAAGACAAUACCUUAGCAAGUGCACUUUGCACUAACAGAUUCACUAAUAAAGAAAGCUGUCAUCCACCCAAAGUACUGAAAAUAAAUUUUAUUCUAAAAAA